GCUGAAAGACGUGGUGGUCGUUUGCAGUUUGCAGUUUGCAGAGAGUUUGAGUUGUACCAAAAACCAAACAUUCUAUUCUCGCGCAUUUUGGAUUAUGCGGACUGUAAACCUUCCAAUUCCAAUUGCUAAUGCUGGUCAUCUUCUUCAUCAAGCGUCCUAUAACAACCACACUUUAUCAUCACUCUCAUCCCCACUCUUUCGCCUCGCCGCCGGUAGCUUUCAGCGCAAUGUUCAUCAUGCUUUAUGUUUCCACCCCCGUCCUCUAUCCAUUUUUUGGAUCGUUAGAGCUGACAAACCUCAAAGAAUACAAUUGGCUCGGGCUACUAAGGAUGAUCAAUUGCCAUUGGAGCCUGGAGGUCGGAAAGAUUUGGGUGGAGUGGGGGCGGAAGAAGCUACCCUUUUAGGAGAAAACAGUGGCAUAAUCUCCGCCUGUUUUGUUGGUCUCCUCACUGGCCUCUGUGUCGUUCUCUUCAACAAUGCGGUGCACGAAAUCCGUGAUAUUUGCUGGGACGGAAUCCCAUCUCGAGGUGCUUCAUGGUUAAGAGAGUUGCCACAUGAGAAAAUGUGGAUGCGAGUUAUCUUGAUACCCACUUGUGGAGGAUUAAUCGUUAGCUUAUUGAACAUUUUUCAAAGCUCUUUUUUAGAUGAAGGAGAUUCAGCAGAUAGGUUAAAAGCUGUUAUGAAACCGAUACUGAAAGGGGUAGCAGCUGCUGUAACACUUGGAACUGGGAAUUCUCUUGGCCCUGAAGGUCCAAGUGUCGAGAUUGGCGCAUCAGUUGCUAAAGGAAUCGGUUCAUUGUUUGAUAAAAAUGCUCAAAGAAAACUUUCUCUUAAAGCUGCAGGAUCAGCUGCUGGAAUUUCAUCUGGGUUCAAUGCUGCUGUUGCUGGAUGCUUUUUUGCUGUUGAAUCAGUGUUAUGGCCAUCACCUGCUGAGUCAUCAUUAUCACUAACAAAUACAACAUCAACAGUUAUUCUCAGUGCUGUGAUAGCCUCUGUAGUAUCAGAAAUCGGCCUUGGAUCUGAACCUGCCUUCACUGUUCCAGAUUAUGAUUUCCGUUCAGCAACCGAACUUCCAUUAUACCUUCUAUUAGGUAUCUUUUGUGGGCUUGUUUCUUUAAGCUUUUCUUCAUGCACAUCAUGGAUGAUGAUGACAACAAACAAGAUUCAAAACACCUUCUUCAUACCAAAACCAGUAUUCCCAAUUAUUGGUGGCUUUACAGUUGGGCUCAUAGCCUUGUUGUAUCCAGAAAUUCUAUAUUGGGGUUUUGAAAAUGUUGAUACCCUUUUAGAGACACGACCCUUUGUGAAAGGUCUAUCAGUUGAUCUUUUAUUGCAACUAAUAGCAGUUAAAAUAAUAGCAACAUCAUUUUGUAGAGCAUGUGGAUUAGUAGGAGGCUAUUAUGCUCCAUCACUUUUCAUUGGUGCAGCUACUGGAAUGGCAUAUGGGAAAAUAUUCGGUUCUUUCAUUCCUCAGUUUAACUCAAUCUUUCAUAUAUCAGGCAUGGAGGUUGCAUCACCACAAGCAUAUGGCCUUGUUGGGAUGGCUGCUACACUUGCAGGGGUGUGUCAAGUGCCUCUGACUUCAGUUUUGCUUUUAUUUGAGCUUACACAUGAUUAUCGAAUAGUGUUGCCACUUUUGGGAGCUGUAGGAUUGUCUUCAUGGAUAACAUCAAGGUCUUUAAAGAAAAAGGAUGAUGAUUUCUCAAAAAAGAAAGAGAAUGAAAACAAUAAUAAGUUUGAGACAAAAGAGCUUCUUGUAUCAGAAGCCAUGAGAAGAGAGUAUGUUUACUCACUCUUGGAGACAUACAAGACUUUUAGAAUCUAUCAGUUUAGCUUGCAGGGCUUUGGAAACAAGAGAACACCUUGUCUGGUUUUCCACACUCAACAACCCCACAACUUGAUUCAGACAGAGGGGCAUGCCAAUGUGAGGAAACUUGAAGGGGAAAAUGAAAGAUGUUAAUAGAGAAAUUGGUUGGGUGUAGUUUUUUACAACAUUCAAGUUGUCGUGUUUAUCCAAAAGAAAUUGUAUAAAGAAAAAGUUGGGUUGUGAGGACAAUUCAAAGAUAUGCUUAAAAAACUAGAAAUCGAAAAAUAUACAAAGAUUAGAUUAGAAAAGUUAAGAGAUCAAGGGAUAAGGUAUGCCCAUUCUUGGUGUAUGUGUAUGUAUAGCAUUUGUUAUUGUUUCAAAUGUGGUAAAGGAAUAAGAAUACUCUCAAGUUGUUUUAGAUAAUUAAGCAGAGACAUGAUGGUGAUGUGUUCC